AUGGUGACUCUGACUCACAUCGGAUCUGUGCCCUCCGAAGUCAGGAAUGCAUUUCUGUUCUUUUCAGUCCUGGAGUUUGCAGUAGGGAUCCUGGUCAAUGCCUUCAUUUUCUUGGUGAAUUUCCGGGACCUGGUGAGGAGGCAGCCACUGAGCCACUGUGAUCUCGUCCUGUUGAGUCUCAGCCUCACCCGGCUUGUCCUGCACGGGCUGCUCCUUCUGAAGGCCAUCCAGCUUACUCAUUUCCAGCGGCUAAGAGACCCGCUGAGCUUCAGCUACCAGACCAUCAUCAUACUCUGGAUGAUCGUCAAUCAAGCCGGCCUCUGGUUCGCCACAUGCCUUAGUCUCCUCUACUGCUCCAAGAUUGUCCGUUUCUCUCAUGCCUUCCUGCUCCAUGCGGCAAUCUGGAUCUCCAGAAAGAUCCCCCAGAUGCUUCUGAGUGUUGUGGUUCUCUCCUGUGUCUGCACUCUUCUCUGCUUAUGGGACUUUUUUAGUGGAUCUCGUUUCUCAGCUGUAACUAGGCUACUCACGAAUAACAGUACUGAACUCAAUUUGAACAUUGCAAAGCUCAGCUUCUUUCAUUCCUUCCUCUUCUGUGGCCUGGCAUCCAUCCCUUCUUUCUUGCUUUUCCUGGUUUCCUCUGGGGUGCUGGUGUUCUCCCUGGGGAGGCACGUGAGGAUGAUGAGGGCCAAAACCAGAGGCUCUCGGGACCCCAGCCUGGAGGCUCACACCCGGGCGCUCAGGUCUCUCGUCUCUUUCUUCUGCCUGUAUGUGCUGUCACUCUGCGCCGCCUUAUUCUCGAUGCCAUUGCUGACGCUGUGGCACAGCAAGGCCGGGGUGAUGGUCUGCGUAGGGAUAAUGGCAGCCUGUCCCUCGGGACAUGCAGUCAUUCUGAUCUCAGGGAAUGCCAAGCUGAGGAGGGCUGUGGACACCAUUCUGCUUUGGGCUCAGAGCAGCCUCAGGGUAAAAGUGGACCACAAGACAGAUCCCAGGAUGCCAGGUCUGUGUUGA